UUGACAUUUCUUCAAUUUGGCAAGUAAACAUACAUUAGCAGAGAAACAAAAGAUGGCUAAAGAUCAGGACAUAGAGAAAACCGAAAACGACGAUAUGAGAGCUCCACUUAUUACUGCACGAGACGAGAUAUCAGAAAAUGGCGAUCGAAUCAAGAAAGCCAUCAAAGAAGACAGAUGCAUGAUUUAUCUCACUACAUUCGUUGCUGUCUGCGGUUCCUAUGCUUUCGGAGCUUGCGCAGGGUAUUCAUCGCCUACACAGGCUGCAAUCAGAGAAGAUGUAAACUUAUCAUUAGCAGAGUACUCGUUGUUUGGGUCGAUAUUGACGUUCGGAGCAAUGAUCGGUGCAAUCACUAGCGGUAAAAUCGCAGAUUAUAUAGGGCGUAAAGGGGCUAUGAUAACAUCGAGUGGAUUUUGUACAGCAGGGUGGCUGUCCAUUUUCUUUGCUCAGGGGCCGGUUCUUCUGGAUGUAGGGAGAUUGGCAACUGGAUAUGGAAUGGGAGUUUUCUCUUAUGUGGUUCCGGUAUUCAUAGCUGAGAUUGCUCCCAAGGAAUUAAGAGGAGCUUUGACAACAAUAAACCAGCUUAUGAUUUGUAUGGGAGUGUCCGUGUCGUUUAUUAUAGGCACAUUGCUCACAUGGAGGGUUUUAGCAUUAGUAGGCAUAGUCCCUUGUGCAGUUCUUCUUAUCGGCCUUGCUAUAAUUCCAGAGUCCCCUAGAUGGCUGGCGAAGCAAGGAAAACGGAAAGAGUUUGAAGCUUCAUUAAGACGACUACGUGGGAAGAAUUGUGACAUAUCUGUCGAGGCAGCUGAAAUUCAAGAUUAUAUAGAAACUCUGGAGAGCCUUCCAAAGGCCAAAGUGCUCGACUUAUUUCAAAGGCGAUAUUUACGCUCAGUCACGAUUGGAGUUGGACUAAUGGUGUGUCAACAAUUCGGAGGGAUCAACGGUAUUUGUUUCUACACCAGCAGCAUUUUUGAGUCCUCAGGAUUUCCAGCUGAUGUCGGAACCAUAAUCUAUGCUAUUCUUCAGGUCGUAAUCACUGCCCUAGGUGCUACAUUAAUCGACAGAGCAGGACGAAAACCUCUUUUAGUGGUUUCUGGGGCAGGGUUGGUCCUAGGUUGUCUCCUCACAGGGAGUUCAUUCUAUCUCAAGGAUCAAGGACUUGCCUCCGAAGUAACUCCAGCACUUGCUGUCACUGGCAUAUUGGUUUAUAUAGGGGCUUUCUCAGUGGGAAUGGGAGCAGUUCCAUGGGUGGUGAUGUCUGAGAUAUUUCCGAUAAACAUUAAAGGAGUAGCUGGAAGUCUAGCAACACUUGUGAACUGGUUCGGUGCAUGGGCUGUUUCCUACACUUUUAACUUUCUCAUGAGCUGGAGCUCCUACGGGACGUUCGUUCUUUACGCUGCGGUGAACGCACUUGCCAUUGUAUUCGUGAUUAAGGUUGUCCCCGAAACUAAAGGGAGAACUCUCGAACAAAUACAGACAGCUAUAAACGCGUCGUGAGAAAAUACACCAAGAAGAAUAUUUUUUUUUUUUCGAAUUUUUUCAGUGAAGAGCAAACUUCGAUUCAGUGAUGUUAAAAGAAUAAUGUUAUGUGUUCUCAGUUUAUUUUUUUGUUGAUAACCAUGGUUGGUCAGAGAUAUACUGUGAGUGUAUUUUCACUAUAUUCAACAAAAUAAAAUGUAUAUGUUUUUAUUA